CGACUAAAUACGGUCCGUCAAAUAUACGUAGAACGUUUUAUUUUUACCUUAAUGGGAAUUCAUUAAAAUCGCCCUGAAAGUGUGAUAUUGUGAAAAUGGCAAACCGAAUUAAUGAGAUUUCCCGCAAACGACAUUUAAUAUGAAAAACUACAUAAUAUACAUGUUGAUGAUCGCCUAACGUGAACCCGGCGCUUGGUGCAGGAUGCACGGGCAGUGCGGUGCUGAUUUAUCGGGGAGAGACCCUUGGGGUGGCGCUGGAGCGCGCCUGCAAUGGCGCGCGUCGCCGUCGUCAAUGGUGUCGUCGUGGGUGCGCGGUUUCACCGCGAAUGACAACUUCGGCAGUCAGCGGUGGCGUUUGGCUGAGCUGUCCCCGCAGCAAGACCUCUCUUAUAUGCGCUGUUAUAAAUGGGAAUAUUGCUUCGGAUAUGGUUUCUAUGCGUUUCUGUUUAUUUAUGUAGGCUAUAUAUUUAUAUUUUUGUAGUGAUGUAAUGAGGUUCCUUAAACGCCCAUCGAUCUGGCUCGUGGUGAAGGCGUUAUUUUUUUAGGGUACCAGUUUAUGUUCAUGUGUAAAUUUGUAUUUAGUGGUCUUUCCCGCUGCACUAUUCAUAGACACAAACCCUGUUCGCAGUACCGCGGAAUCACCGCUUCUUAGUUCAGUUGGAAAACUAGCACAUUUUAUGAAAAACUGGCAUGCUGCAUAAUCGCCCUUUUGGAGUAGGUAAGAAAGAAAAAUUCCAUCAUAGGCUGCCUAGCAGACUCCUAAAAUAAUAAGGGUAUUGCCGCAUGUGUUAAAACAACAGUAAAUUGCCUUGUUUUUUUUUUUUUUUUGGACGAAGGCAGCUGCUGGACUCGCGUCUCGGUACCCUGGCGAGCGGGGGCUGCCAGACCGCCAGGUGCACUUUGAAUUGGACGUUUCCCAACCGGAGGUUCCUCGCGAUCUGGCUGUUCUUGGCACCGCCUUAAUAAACUUCCGAGCGGCGCCCUAAAGCGUUCUUGGAUAGGCGUAGGAAACUUUGUGCACUGUCCGGGUCUUUAAGUUUAGAAUCACUCUGAAAAUAUCUACAACGUCUAAAAAAGUCAACAUAUUUUGUCAAAUAACAGCAAAUAGUUUUAAAAAGCCACCGAAAAGUACCCGUAUUUCGUCCGACCAAGAGAUGUCUAGAACUUGACAUCUGGAAGAACAAUGACAAAUAUCUAAAUUGUGCAGGUCAGCACGCUGUUAUUCUCAAACGUUAUUUUAUCUGUGAAUUAAUGUCCCUGUGGGAUUUAAGGAAGGUUUUAUAGGAUCAGUCAGUAUAAACAGGAAUCUUAAUAAUGAUCUAUUCAAAUUAGCUGUACCUUUAUCCGGAGACAGAGAAAAACACAGUGGGUGGCUAUUUUAAAUGGCAAUCUUCACUUACACGCGUGAAUGAACGUUUUGGUUCGAAAGGUGCUUUUGUAGUGUAGUCUGAGGGACGUUUCGAUUUACACCAGUAGGAAGUGCAGCGUAUCAGGAACAAAAGACCGUGACAUGAAGAGCACACCUUGACAAACCGCGAUGAUAAAUGUCACGGCUGUUGGAACUCGGGAACAGGGAUGAGGAGGAGUGUGUGUGGAGAUUACCUGUUAGCUGACACCUCCUGCCUCGUGGCUUAUGGCUUGAGACCGGGGGCUGUGUGUGGCUCUAGUGUCCCCCGCCACAUGUUUGCUGGGGUUUUCUCCAGGUGCUCAAGGUAGUGCUGGUAAAUUGGCCUUAGAAAGGCAGAUGGCCAGCAGGCCGUUGUCUCACCAAGACUGUGACCAGUGCUUAAUGGAAUGGCCCCAGUGGGCCAGGAAUCUAACAUGGGUCUCCACUUCUGCUCUCCUCCUUCUUGAAAUGCGAGCCACGUGCGGCUGGGAUGUUAUAAAGGUCCAGACUCACCCUCCCAGGAGCUCGGAGCACGCGGCUGGAUGCUGAUGUAGAGUGAGGCACUGAUGGUGCCACUUGCGACCUACGUCCACCAGCGGACCGUCGCCUGCUGCUCUUACCCCGCGUCACUUCGAGACCCCACCCCUGCCCCCGAGUUUACAUCCUGCCCCCUGUCGCCAUGGCGAGGGCCUCCAAACGCAGAUCCGUAUCCUGCCAGUGUUUCUUCCUGCUGACAGCCAAGUGUUGCUGGCUUCUGACCUCCAUGCAGAAGACAGAAGCCCAGGAGCAUGCCCACUCCAUCCGGCUGGACGGCGACAUCGUCCUCGGUGGCCUGUUCCCGGUUCAUGCCCGCGGCGACCGUGGUGUGCCAUGUGGUGAGCUCAAGAAGGAGAAGGGCAUCCACCGGCUGGAAGCCAUGCUCUUUGCCGUCGACCAGAUCAACAAGGAUCCAGAUUUGCUGCCCAACGUGACGCUGGGGGCCCGCGUCCUGGACACCUGCUCGCGGGACACCUAUGCCCUGGAGCAGUCGCUCACCUUCGUGCAGGCGCUCAUCGAGAAGGACGCCACUGACGUCCGCUGUGCCAAUGGUGACCCACCCAUCUUCGCCAAGCCAGACAAGAUCGUGGGCGUCAUCGGGGCUUCUGCCAGCUCUGUGUCUAUCAUGGUCGCCAACAUCCUCCGGCUCUUCAAGAUACCUCAGAUCAGCUAUGCGUCCACCGCCCCGGAGCUCAGUGACAACACCCGCUACGACUUCUUCUCGCGUGUGGUGCCGCCCGACUCCUACCAGGCACAGGCCAUGUUGGACAUCGUCAUGGCGAUGGGCUGGACCUACGUCUCCACCCUGGCGUCGGAGGGCAACUAUGGCGAGAGCGGCGUGGAGGCCUUUGUGCAGAUCUCCAGAGAGUCCGGUGGGGUAUGUAUCGCACAGUCCGUGAAGAUCCCCCGGGAGCCGAAGGCGGGAGAGUUUGACAAGAUCAUCCGCCGGCUGUUGGAGACCUCCAGCGCACGCGCCGUGAUCACGUUUGCAAACGAGGACGACAUCAGGCGCAUCCUGGACGCAGCGAGACGGAACAACCUGACGGGGCACUUCCUGUGGGUGGGGUCCGACAGCUGGGGGUCGAAGAUCUCCCCGGUGAUCCAGCAGGAGAGGGUGGCUGAGGGCGCAGUCACUAUCCUGCCCAAGCGAGCGUCGGUGGACGCCUUUGACAGGUACUUCCGGAGCCGGUCCCUGUCGAACAACAGAAGGAACGUUUGGUUUGCCGAAUUUUGGGAAGAGAACUUUGGGUGUAAGUUGGGAUCCCACGGCAAGCGGCCAGGCAGCCCCAAGAAAUGUACAGGGACAGAGAAGGUUGGCAGAGACUCCAUCUACGAGCAGGAGGGCAAGGUGCAGUUCGUGAUCGACGCCGUGUACGCCAUGGCGCAUGCCCUGCACCGCAUGCAUCGGCAGCUCUGCUCCGGAUACCUGGGCCUCUGUCCCCGCAUGAGCAACAUCGACGGCAAGGAGCUGCUCAUGCACAUCCGGGCCGUCAGCUUCAACGGGAGUGCCGGGACCCCCGUGAUGUUCAACGAAAACGGCGACGCCCCUGGACGCUACGACAUCUUCCAGUACCAAAUCAGCAACAGGUCAACUGCCGAAUACAAGGUCAUUGGCCAGUGGACCAACCAGCUUCACUUAAAUAUGGACGCCUUGCGCUGGGCGCGGGGCAGCGUCGCAGUACCCCUCUCCGUGUGCAGCAUGCCCUGCAGAGCAGGCGAGCGGAAGAAGAUGGUGAAGGGUGUGCCGUGCUGCUGGCACUGCGAGCGCUGUGAGGGCUACCACUUCCAGGCGAGCGAGUUCAGCUGCGAGCUGUGUCCGUACGAACAGCGGCCCGACCGCAACCGCACCGGCUGCCAGCCCAUCCCCAUCGUCAAGCUGGAGUGGCACUCACCCUGGGCCAUGGCGCCAGUCUUCAUCUCCAUGCUGGGCAUCGUGGCCACCACCUUCGUCAUCGUCACCUUUGUGCGCCACAACGACACGCCCAUCGUGCGUGCCUCGGGCCGCGAGGUCAGCUACGUGCUGCUGACGGGCAUCUUCCUAUGCUACGCUACCACCUUCCCCAUGAUCGCAGCCCCCGAUGCCGCCAUCUGCUCGCUGCGCCGCAUCUUCCUGGGCCUGGGCAUGUGCUUCAGCUACGCCGCCCUGCUCACCAAGACCAACCGCAUCCACCGCAUCUUCGAGCAGGGCAAGCGGUCAGUGACGGCGCCGCGGUUCAUCAGCCCGGCCUCCCAGCUGGCCAUCACCUUCAGCCUGAUCUCUGUACAGCUACUGGGCGUCUUCGUGUGGUUCGCCGCUGACCCUCCGCAUACCGUGGUGGACUACGGCGAGCAGCGCACCCAGGACCCGGAGAAUGCCCGCGGGGUCCUCAAGUGCGACAUCUCGGACCUCUCCCUCAUCUGUUCCCUCGGAUACAGUAUUCUGUUGAUGGUCACAUGCACUGUGUAUGCCAUAAAAACAAGAGGAGUCCCAGAGACCUUCAACGAGGCCAAGCCCAUUGGCUUCACCAUGUACACUACCUGCAUCAUUUGGCUAGCAUUCAUUCCCAUCUUUUUUGGGACAGCACAGUCAGCAGAGAGGAUGUACAUCCAGACGACGACCCUCACCAUCUCCCUGAGUCUGAGCGCCUCGGUCUCCCUGGGUAUGCUCUACAUGCCCAAGGUGUACGUCAUCAUCUUCCACCCAGAGCAGAACGUGCCCAAGCGCAAGCGCAGCUUCAAGGCCAUCGUCACCGCCGCCGCCAUGUCGGGGAAGCUGACGCAGAAGGGGGGCGACCGACCCAACGGCGAGGUGAAGACCGAGCUCUGCGAGAGCAUGGAGACCAACACUUCAUCAACCAAGACAACAUAUGUCAGCUAUAGCAAUCACGCCAACUGAAGAGAACUAGAGGGAGAGGACUCGCAUGAUGCACCAGAACACAUGCCGACUGGAGACGUUCCAAGACGACGGGAAUUGCCCAUUGGGACCCAAGCAUGAGCCAUUUUCUGCUGUCCGGCUUUGAACUAAGGGCAGAGUGAGGGAGGGGCCUUCACUGCCCAGCCCUUGGCGGACGGGUAGAUGAAUAAGUAAAUAAAAUAAACUAGAGGCUGAAUCUAAAAAUCGAGAAGGUGGUGAUAUGAAGUAAAAAAACCAACAUGCAAAAAAAGACCAACAAAGCAAGAUUUAUAAAAAAACAUUAAAAAGGAGAAGAGACCUGUGAUGAUAAUUAUAAAAAAAAGAUACAGUCAACCAUGUUUGUUGUUAUUCUACUUGUUAGUAUUUUUGUGGUUGUGAAGAUUUUAAAUUCUUGUCUCACUGUCUGAUAUGCAUAAUGAGAUGAGUUCGUCCCUUGUAUUGGUUAACAGGAUUGUUGCCCUGGGUUGUGAAUCUGUAAAUGCGAUGGUUGAAGCAUGCUAAUUUUUAUACAAAUAAUUUAUUUAUAAUAAAGGAAUGUUUUGCAAAUGUU